ACUUCCGGGAAACCCUGGUCUGGUGGAGCUCUGCCCCGGCCUACCCGGCUGCUUGCUCUCGAUAGCGCUGAGCCUCCUUUGUCGGCAGUGAGGUUUGCCUGCCCAUAGUUGCACGGGGUCUGACUGUGGUGGAACCUGCACUCUCGGAGCCCUCUGCGGAUCGUACUAGUCCCUUAGCAUCUCUGUUUUACGAGUGGGGAAACUGAGACAGGAAGGAAGAGGUUGACCCAUCACUUCUAGCACUUGAAUCCCGCCAAGAAGAGAUCUUAAAACGCUUGUAUGAACUUAAAACUGCUGUCGAUGGGCUCUCAAAGAUGAUACAAACACCAGAUGCUGACUUUGAUGUAACUAAUAUAAUCCAAGCUGAUGAAUAUGCUCCUUUGACUGCAAGUGCAGCAGACUUAGAUUCAAUGCUUGGGAAGGAUUAUGGUGCUCUGAAAGAUAUUGUGAUCAAUGCAAACCCUUCUCAACCUCCAUUGUCACUGCUAGUACUGCACAGUCUGCUAUGUGAGCGUUAUAAGAUUUUAUCAGCUGUUCAUACACACUCAUCAGUGAAAUGUGUGCCAGAAAACCUCUUGAAAUGCUUCGGUGAGCAGACUAGGAAACAGUCACGUCACGAGUAUCAGUUGGGCUUCACUCUCAUUUGGAAGAAUGUUCCCAAGCCCCAGAUGAAGUUCAGCAUUCAAACCAUGUGUCCCAUUGAAGGAGAAGGAAAUAUUGCUAGAUUUUUGUUCUCCUUAUGUGGCCAGAAGCAUAAUGCAGUCACUUCAACUCUGAUAGACAGUUGGGUGGAUACAGCCAUCUUCCAGCUGAAGGAAGGUAGCAAUAAAGAAAAAGCAGCAGUCUUACGCUCCAUGAACACCACCCUUGGCAAGACACCCUGGCUGGGGGGAAAUGAACUCACUGUAGCAGACAUCGUGGCGUGGUGUGCACUUCAGCAGACAAGUUGCUCUAAUGCUGUUCCAGCCAAUGUACAGAAAUGGAUGAAGUCUUGUGAGAAUUUGGCACCUUUCAACAGUGCCCUUAAACUAUUAAAAUGAGUAUGCACUCUUCCAAGGGGGAUUCUGUAGCUUUAUUCCACCUUAUGCCUGUUGUGGUGGUUGUGAAAGUCUCUUCUAAAAUGUCUUUUAAUGAGAUUGUGGACUGAAGUCUUUUAACAUCAAUUGUAAAGUCUUAUACCAAUAAAGACAUCACAGUUGC